AAAGCCGUCCCUUCCGCUUCACACGAGCCGCACGCGUGCUUCGCUUUGUCUCCUUCCCCGUCUCAAGCCGAUUCUGUCUAGGGCUUCGUCUUCUCAACCCCCUUUCUCUCUCUCUCGAAGGGUGAUUCUGAACCCCCCCCCCUUGAUCGGAGACAGUAUAUCGGAAACAGAAAACUCUUAUCUCAUACGGUGUUUUCCUAGUCGAGGGUUAUCUUUUGAUGGAAGAUAGUGUGGUGGAUGACGUCAUAAAGAGGUUGUUAGGGGCGAAAAACGGGAAGACGACGAAGCAGGUUCAGUUUACGGAGGCUGAGAUUAGACACCUCUGUUCCACGGCUAAAGAGAUCUUUCUCAGUCAACCUAAUCUCCUCGAACUCGAGGCUCCUAUCAAGAUUUGUGGAGAUACACAUGGACAGUUCUCAGACCUCUUGAGGUUAUUUGAGUACGGUGGCUACCCACCUGCUGCAAACUAUUUGUUCCUUGGUGACUAUGUAGACCGUGGUAAGCAGAGUGUUGAGACAAUAUGCCUCCUUCUCGCCUACAAGAUCAAGUACAAAGAGAAUUUCUUUCUCCUCCGUGGGAACCAUGAGUGUGCUUCUAUAAACCGUAUCUAUGGAUUCUAUGACGAGUGCAAGAAGAGAUAUAGCGUUAAAGUGUGGAAGAUAUUUACUGACUGUUUUAAUUGUCUCCCUGUUGCUGCUCUCAUCGAUGAGAAGAUCCUCUGUAUGCACGGUGGGUUAUCCCCUGAGUUGAAGCAUUUGGAUGAGAUCAGGAACAUUGCUCGUCCUGUUGAUAUUCCUGAUCAUGGACUGCUGUGUGAUUUGUUGUGGUCUGAUCCUGAUAAGGACAUUGAAGGGUGGGGAGAGAAUGACAGGGGAGUUUCGUACACCUUUGGUGUUGAUACGGUCGAGGAGUUUCUUCAAAAGCAUGAUCUGGACCUAAUCUGCAGAGCUCACCAGGUUGUGGAAGACGGGUAUGAGUUCUUUGCAAAUAGGCAGCUUGUUACAAUUUUCUCGGCACCAAACUACUGUGGAGAGUUUGACAACGCAGGUGCGAUGAUGAGUGUGGAUGAUUCCUUGACGUGCUCUUUUCAAAUCCUUAAAGCAUCUGAGAAGAAAGGAAAUUUUGGAUUUGGCAAGAAUGGAAGACGAGGAACACCACCUCGCAAGGGUGGUGGAAAAGGCUGAAUACAAGAUCAUGCUUUCUUGGCUCAAGACAAUAGCUUGAGCUGAUGUUAUAUCAUCAGACUGUAUCCUUCUUCUUCUCUGGAUCACUUUUGGCAAGGGGUAUUCCUGUAUUUUCCCUUCACUUUUCCUCAAGGAGUGAAUAUGAAACACCUGACCAUAUAAAUCUUGUAUCUCUGAGCUAUGUGAAUCCUAGUUAUGAUGCGUGAGAUACACUUUGUGCUGUUUUUUUUUUGUUAAUGCAUUUAAUGAAAACUCGGAUG